AUGUUUCGCCUUGAAGUCAGCCCGGUCUCAUAUACCCCGGUUGACUUAACCUAUUACUCAUGUCAACAAGGCUGUAUCGUGAUUACGGACCGAAAUUAUGGCAUUGACUCUCCUGCCUCUGCUGUAGCAGCGCCCGGUCCACCUGUACCUGCAAACUCAAACUACCCCACUUGCACUUGGUCCCAAACACACACACACACAAAUACACUCGAAUGUGACACUACCUGUGCUGCCCACCUUUGUGCUGAACCCGGCCAACUUUGA